AUGCUCGACUUUGAUCAGCCGCGAAGGAUGGGCACAGGGGACAGAUUACUUGAUAUACCGUGUCUGGUAUGCGGUGACCGUAGCUCUGGAAAACACUACGGCAUCUACAGUUGCGACGGUUGUUCAGGAUUCUUCAAGAGGAGCAUCCACAGCAAUCGAAGGUACAUGUGCAAGGGUACCGGUUCCAUGAAAGGAAACUGUCCCAUCGACAAGACACACAGAAACCAAUGCCGUGCAUGUCGGCUAGCCAAGUGUUUCGAGGUUAACAUGAACAGAGACGCGGUACAACACGAACGUGGUCCAAGGAAGCCAAAGCAACAACAGUCACCGAUCGCACCACCUUUACACAACGAUCCAUUAAGGACUGGCAUUGGUUCCCCGUAUGUCCUGUUGCACCAAAGAAAGUUCAGGUGUAACCAGAGGUUCUCGCCUUAUCCACGGCCAGUGGGACUAGUACAGAAACCAACAGAGGACUCGCCAUCCCCGGCAUCUUUACCUCUGCCGCAUGCUCCUUCGACCACGACCCUCUAUUCUGCACCCCCGAGCGUCGCCUUGACGUCGCAGCCGCCCCUUCUUCAGAUACUAACGUCCGCGGAGCAGUGUCAGGAACUCGUAUGGAACGCACCGCUACAAUCGGAAACGGAAUAUUCCUUAGAACAAACGGAAGGAAGUCACAAUUCUACGGGGACCUUACCAAAUCUCAAUCCCACGCGAGAACUAUUACAGGAGACUACUGCGCGUCUACUUUUUAUGGCUGUAAGGUGGGUUUGCUGUUUACCGCUGUUCCAGUCACUUUCGGAGAACGAUCAAUUAUUAUUACUCGAAGGAUCCUGGACGCAACUUUUCCUUCUUCAUCUAGCGCAAUGGUCCACAUCUUGGAAUAUUUCUAACUUAUUAGAGGACGAACAGAUACGCGCAAGAUUACCGGAUGAAGCAGCAACAAGUCGACAACUAAUUACUAUUCAGGACACAAUAUGCCGUUUCAGACAACUCUUGCCCGACAUGAGUGAAUGGGGAUGCAUGAAAGCAGUUGCAUUGUUUACUCCAGAAACAGAGGGCCUCCACGCCAGCGAGUCGAUAAAAAUGUUACAAGAUCAGGCUCAAUGUAUACUAGGAGACUACACGAAAUCCUGUUAUCAAAGACAACCAGGCAGAAGUGGGACUUUGAUGUAUCUUGUUGGACGUUUGACGUCCGUCUUCUCCAAGUUGGUCGAACGUUUGUUUUUUCACGAAACUAUAGGCGAAAUCCCUAUUUCCCGUUUGCUAGUCAACAUGUAUCAAAUGAAAGGACACACAAACUGA